UUAUUUGCUUCACCAGCAAACGUCUGGCCGUCAGACGUCAGGCGUCUCUAUCCGACUACAAGUCCACCACAACACGUUUAUACAGAAGGUUAACAAUCUCAAAUUUUCUCGAACGAUAUAACCUUUAUUUGUUUUGUAUGCUGUUUUUAUUUUCAAUUAAAAAUGGAACAAGAAUCACUGGUUAAACGUUAUCCUCGUGGAAAGUUCGUUUGUUCUCGUCAAAGAAAAAUGAUCAUUAAAGCGUACAAAUCAAAAUUAGAAAAAAAUCCCAGUAUAACAAUCAGAAAUAUGCGCUCAACCCUCUCCAAAAAACUAGGUAUUGGUGAAACAACUAUUUCCAACACAAUUUCACAAUAUGGUCAACAUGAAACUGUUUCAUCACCGAACAAAACAAAAAAAUUUAAAAAAAUUGAAACAAAAAUUAAUGAUUUCGAUAAAUCUGCAAUUAGAAAAAAAAUACAUAAAUUUUGGUUCGAUCGUAAAUUACCCACUUUAGACAAAAUACUCAAGGUUAUCAAUGAAGAUAGUACUUUACCUAAGUUUUCACGUACUUCCUUAUAUCGUUUAUUGAAAUCUAUGGAAUUUAAAUACAGUAAACGAGGACGUAAUAGUACCUUGUUGGAGAAAUCUGAAAUCGUUUUGUGGAGGAGAAAAUAUUUAAAAGACAUAAAGAAAUAUCGAGAGGAUGGUCGACCAAUUUAUUAUCUCGACGAGACGUUGGUGAACAUCGGAGAUGUUUCAGAAAGAGUGUGGUGUAACAAAACCGUGCAAUCACUUAGAGACGUACAUACUCAAAGCUUUUCGCCCGGACCAGUCUAUCCUUUCAGCAAAGAAAAUCGUCUUAUAGCUAUACACAUUGGAUCCGAAGAUGGCUUUGUCCCUGGCGGCUUGUUAUGCGUUGAGUCACAAAAAAAUUGUAAAGACUACCAUGAUGAGAUUAAUGGUGGUUUUUUCUGUGAUUGGUUGGAAGGUGUUUUAUCUAAACUUAAGGAUAAUGCUAUAAUUAUAAUGAACAACGCACCAUAUAAUUCUGCGAAGCUAGAAAAAUGCCCUACGAUCGGUUGGAGUAAGGCCGACGUCAUGCAAUGGCUCAAGAGUAGAGGAGAGGUAAUUGAUCAGUCUAUGAUUAUACCCGAACUGCUAGAAAAUGUUAACCUACUUAAACCGAUGUAUUCUAAAUACAUUGUUGAUGAAAUGGUUCGACAACAUAAUAAAGUAGUACUUCGUUUACCUCCAUAUCACUGCGGAUUAAAUCCAAUUCCGUUAGCAUGGUCAGUCGUAAAAAGCCAUAUAAACUCCAACAACAAAACAUUUAAAUUAUCCGACGUAAAGAAGUUAUUAAUUGAAGGAACUGAAAAAGUAGAUUUAGGCAUGUGGAAAAACUUUAUCAGUCAUACCAUGAAGGAAGAAGAGACAUUUUGGAACGUGGACAGUGUCUUGGACGAGUUAAUGGAAGAAACUAAAACAGUGAUAAAGACUAAUGGAAAUAGUGACGAAGACGAAGAUUCAUCAUCAUGA